AUGCGUAUGCCCGUGUAUCUCGAGAACAAUAACCGUGACGGGCGUGCACUCGACGAGGUCUCGGAUGCUGUCGACGAUGGCAAGUCCUCCCCUCUUUGUCUCUCUCUAUUGUUCCUCUCCCAUCCAAUAGCAAUUCAUUCUAACCUUCCCAAUUGGGGCGUUUCAGUCAACAUCGCCAAGCUUAAAGCUCAGGCGCAAGCAGACGCGGCGGCCUGGGACAGUGCGGCCCAAUUCGAUUCCGAAAAAGACAAGGCGGCGUUCAGGGACUAUGAAGCCGCGUGCGACCGUGUAAAGUCUUUCUACAAGGCAAGUCCGCGGCGUUUUUUGGGGGGAGAAGAAGAAGGGCGGAAUGAUGACGUUGAAUUGCGUCGUGAGUUUGAGGAGGGCCGUGGCAAGCGUGCGAGGAUGGGUGUCUGGGAAGCUAUUGAAAUGCUUGAGACAUUGGUUGAUGACUCUGAUCCUGAUACGGAGCUCUCGCAAAUCGAGCACUUGCUUCAGACAGCUGAGGCCAUCCGCCGAGAUGGAAAGCCCGAGUGGAUGCAGGUCGUUGGCCUCGUACAUGACCUUGGCAAGUUGCUCUACUUCUUUGGUUCCGAAGGUCAAUGGGACGUAGUGGGCGACACAUUCGUCGUCGGCUGUGCUUUCCCAGAUGAGAUCAUCUACCCUGGUUCCUUUACUGAGAACCCCGACUCCAAGCACUCUACAUACUCAACCAAGUACGGGAUAUACGAACCCAACUGCGGAUUGGACAACGUUAUGCUUUCUUGGGGACAUGACGAGUACUUGUACCACGUCAUGAAAGAUCAGAGCUCUCUUCCCGAGGAAGGUCUCGCCAUGAUCAGGAAGGCCAUGGACGCGGUCCUUGCAUUCAACCCAUACGAUUUAUAUUCCAAGAGUGACGAGGCUGUCAACCCCGAAAAGCUCAAGCCUUACUACCAAGGGCUCAUCGCCAAGUUCUUCCCUCCCGAGCUCGACUGGUAG